CGAACAUGACUCUUCCAUCACAUUAUUACUUCGACGUGACUGACUUGGAUAUGCAAGGUCGUUCACUGUAAAAGGACCUUCGGACUGAAAGACAUGUUUGUCCUAUCUAUAAUAAAAGAUACCAUUGCAAUUCUGCCAGCAAAUUUUGGUGUGCCUCCAGCACAAGCUCUCAUUGCUGAAAUAAACAAAAAGUAUGCAAAUAGAGUCCUCCACGAUGUAGGGCUGUGUAUUUGCGCGUUCGAUCUGGUGGAAGCGGGUGAAGGCAAAGUGCGAUACGGAGAUGGGUGUUUAUGGUAUAAAGUCAGAUUCAGAAUGGUCGUUUGUCGACCAUUCGCAUCAGAGGUGGUGCUUGCUAAAGUAAAGUCAUCAGACGAAGACGGCAUUCGAUUGAGCGUAGGAUUUUUUGAUGAUAUGUAUGUACCUCUAGCAUAUCUACCUCAACCAUCUGCCUUUGACCCGAAUGAACGAGCUCAUUUCUGGCUACCAGACUCAGAAGCAACAACCCCACACGAGCUUUUGGAGUCUGCAACAGCAGACCGGAUGUAUAUCGACCAAGGGGAAGUAGUACGGGUCCGUGUUGAGGCUGACGAAUUUUAUGACGACGAACCUGGUCCGCCAAAAGCAUCAGAGGGCAUUGCGGUGAAACGAGAGGCCCGACGCGCGCCAUAUAGCAUCAUCUGCUCCAUUGCAGAACAGGGACUCGGGCCUGUGCCAUGGUGGAAGAGUGCGCAACCUGAUGGAGAUGCUAUGGACCAGGAAUGAUUAAAUAUAUGAUAAUCCGCUGUCCGCCUGGUAUGUGUAUGACACCCUAGACGCGAUCGGCGUGUCCUUCGAAUUUCUGGUGUGGUGUUAUCGUCAGAGUGUCCUGCAUCAGAGUGAGACCUUUGAUUUCCCAGCGGUAGGCAAAGGCACCGUCGUUGUUGUCUAUUUCUUCCCAGUGGCUACUGUUACCUAAGGUUUACAGUUAGUCAACAUGUUAACUUUGUCUGCUAAAGUCUAUAUUGUAUCAGG